AUGCCAGAACACCACCGCCACCAUCACCGUCACCGGUCGCGGUCAAGGUCGCGCUCUCCUCACCAUGCUGAUCGUAGAUCCUCCCACCAUUCCUACCGUUCUCGAUCUGAUGAGCCAUCUCGCCAGCACACCAAGAAGUCUCCCGCGCUACCCAAGCCACUGCCACAUGGAGCACGAGAGCUUUCACGGCAUGACCUUCCCGCAUAUCGCCCCUUGUUCGCUCUGUAUCUGGAUAUCCAUAAACAACUGAAUCUUGAAGAGCUGGACGAUACGGAGGUCAAGGGACGAUGGAAGAGUUUUGUUGGAAAAUGGAAUCGUGGAGAGCUUGCACAAGGCUGGUACGAUCCCGAAACGUUAGAGAAGUCAAGAGCGCAAGGUCAAGUUUUGCCCUCCCCUCGCAGGACGAGCACACAACCAGGUCAGAUGAGGAGAUCUGAUGCUCGACCGCUGAGCCAGAGCAACGAGGAUAGCGAAGAAGAAGUAGAUUUUGGUCCUCCCCUACCCUCAUCGCUCACGACGCGUGGCGAGCACGACGACUCUCUCAUGUCUCGAACGCAGGGAGCCUCCGUACCUUCCCUCGAUGAACUUCGUGCACGGGACGAGCAGGUUACCGAAGAAGCCGACGUGGCCCGGCGAGAGCAUACUAAACAACUUCGUCACGAACGUCAUCUAGAUCGCAGAGUUCAGAAAGAGCGUCUCGAAGAACUUGUACCGCGUGCCGAGGCGGGAAGCCGCGAGCGCCAACUGGAGAAAAAACGCGAGCGCGCCGAGGCCAAUCGCUCCUUUGCAGCUUCGAAAGAUGCGUCCGGCGAUGUAGAAAUUAUGGAUUCCGAGCUCAUGGGGGCCGAGGACGGUCUGACAGACCUCAAGAGACUGCAGAAGGAGCAGGAAAGAAAGAAAAAUGAGAGGGAGCUUCGCAGAGAGGAAAUACUGCGGGCCAGGCGUGCAGAGCGGGAAAGCAAGUUACAGGCUAUUAAAGAAAAGGAAGAGAAAACCAUGAGCAUCUUCAAAGAGAUUGCACGACAGCGCUUCGGUGGUGGAGACGAGCCAUGA